CCCAAAGAGGCCAGGCAGAGGAACGUGGUCACUCUCUCUCUGAAAGUUUCAACUUGAGAGACAACAAUGCAGUGGGCCUCCCUCCUGCUGCUGGCGGGACUCUGCUCCCUCUCCCAGGCCCAGUAUGAUGAAGACCCUCACUGGUGGUUCCACUACCUCCGCAGUCAGCAGUCCACCUAUUAUGACACCUACGAGCCGUACCCUUAUGAGCCUUACGAGCCUUAUCCCUACGGAGUGGAGGAAGGUCCAGCCUAUUCCUAUGGCUCUCCGUCCCCACCAGAGCCCCGCGAUUGCCCCCAGGAGUGUGACUGCCCCCCCAACUUCCCCACGGCCAUGUACUGUGACAACCGCAACCUCAAGUACCUACCCUUCGUCCCCUCCCGCAUGAAGUACGUCUACUUCCAGAACAACCAGAUCUCCUCCAUCCAGGAGGGUGUCUUCGACAACGCCACCGGGCUGCUCUGGGUUGCUCUCCAUGGCAACCAGAUCACCAGCGACAAGGUGGGGAGGAAGGUCUUCUCGAAGCUGCGGCACCUGGAGAGGCUGUAUCUGGACCACAACAACCUGACCAGGAUGCCCGGUCCGCUGCCUCGAUCCCUGAAGGAGCUCCACCUUGAGCACAACCAGAUCUCCCGGGUCCCCAACAACGCUCUGGAGGGGCUGGAGAAUCUCACGGCCUUGUACCUCCAGCACAAUGAGAUCCAGGAAGUGGGCAGUGCCAUGAGGGGGCUGCGGUCACUGAUCCUGCUGGACUUGAGCUACAACCACCUCCGAAGGGUGCCUGAUGGGUUGCCCUCAGCGUUGGAGCAGUUAUACUUGGAGCACAACAACGUCUACAGCGUCCCUGACAGCUAUUUCAGGGGCUCCCCCAAGCUGCUGUAUGUGCGCCUGUCCCACAACAGCCUCACCAACAACGGGCUGGCCUCCAACACCUUCAACUCGAGCAGCCUUCUUGAGCUUGACCUCUCCUACAACCAGUUGCAGAAGAUCCCCCCAGUCAAUACCAACCUGGAGAACCUCUACCUCCAAGGCAAUAGGAUCAAUGAGUUCUCCAUCAGCAGCUUCUGCAGCGUGGUGGACGUCAUGAACUUCUCCAAGCUGCAAGUACUGCGCCUGGACGGGAACGAGAUCCAGCGCAGCGCGGUGCCGGCGGACGCGCCCCUCUGUCUGCGCCUCGCCAGCCUCAUAGAGAUCUGAGCGGCCCUCUUACUGAGCGCCUCCAAUGCCCCACUGCAUUUGGCUUGAUGGUUUGGUUUGGCUUUUGCUGGACGGUCUGGUACAAACCAUGUG